AUGAAGCCAAUGCUAAGUGAGGAAGCUAUAUUGGAUUGGACAAAGAGUUUGAAUAUGCAUGCCGGGAAGACCAGUACUACUUACCAAGUCAAAUUUGUGGUGGAUUCUAACUUUGGGAUGCCAGGAGCCAUCUUGGUCAGCAACAAAGACGAGAGUGAGUUCUAUUUGAAUAGCAUCAACAUUGAAGGUGUUAUUCAUUUUGCCUGCAACUCUUGGGUUCAACCAGAGCGCGAAAACCCUGCAAAAAGAAUUUUCUUCUCUACAAAUAAGGCAUACUUACCUAGUGAGACACCAGCAGGGCUUAAAGAAUUAAGAGAAAUGGAGCUAAUUCAACUGAGGGGUGAUGGAACAGGACUCAGAAAACCAUCUGACAGAAUAUACGACUAUGACACUUACAAUGACAUUGGAAAUCCAGAUCUGGGAACCGGAUACAAAAGGCCAAUCCUUGGAGGCAACAAACACCCACACCCAAGACGCUGUCGAACUGGAAGACCUCAAACCAAGACAGAUGAGAAUCUGGAGUCACCAGUAAAUGAAUUCCUGAUGGCCUGUGUGCCCAGAGAUGAAGAGUUUGAGGAGUCCAAGAUAGAAGCUCUUGAUCUAGGAAAGUUAAAGGCAAUUCUGAGGCACAUUAUUCCUACCCUAAGAACAGUCACCAAGAAUACUGACGUUUUCGAGGACCAUUCAGACAUCACAGAUCUAUAUAGGGAUAUUUCUUCGGUCGAGAUGAAGACUAAGAAGAAUCUUUCAUGGCCAAAUAUAUUGAACAAAGUUCAUGAACUUCUCAAAUUUGACCCUAUAAAAUUAGACGCAAGGAUUACAUCUUGUUGUUUGCCAGACGACGAGUUUGGCCGUCAAGCAAUUGCAGGUAUAAAUCCUCUAAGCAUAGAAAGGCUCAGAGUUUUCCCACCUGAAAGCAAAUUGAAUGCCUCCACCUAUGGUCCACUAGAAUCGGCCCUCAAGGAAGAACAUAUUAUAGGCCAUCUAAAUGGCAUGUCUGUGCAACAGGCAUUGGAAAAAAACCAUCUGUUCAUACUAGACUAUCAUGAAAUUUUCCUUCCAUUUAUCAACCAAAUAAAUUCUAUGGACAACCGAAAAGCUUAUGCAACUCGUACAAUUUUUUUCCUCACCUCAUUGGGAACGUUGAAGCCUGUUGCCAUUGAGCUCAGUCUGCAUCAAACCGAUUCAGAUUCACCAUCUAAGCAGGUUCUCACUCCUCCAAUCGAUGCUACAACAAAUUGGCUUUGGGAACUUGGCAAAGCCCACGUAUGCUCCAAUGAUUCCUGCGUUCAUCAACUCAUUCAUCACUGGUUACGCAGCCACGCUUGUAUGGAACCGAUUAUCAUAGCAACUCACCAGCAGCUGAGUGUGAUGCACCCCAUCUACAGGCUUCUCAAACCUCACAUGCGAUACACAAUGAAGAUAAAUGCAUUGGCUCGUCAGUUUCUGAUUAACUCUGAAGGAAUAAUCGAGUCUACUUUCACUGCUGGCAAACAUAGCAUGGAGAUCAGUUGUGCUGCAUAUCAAGACUGGUGGCGCUUUGACCUCGAGGGGCUUCCUGCAGACCUCAUGAGAAGAGGGAUAGCAAUACCAGACCCCACACAAGUCCAUGGACUAAGACUAGUGAUUGAAGGUUAUCCUUAUGCAACAGAUGGACUCCUCGUAUGGUCAGCAAUCGAGAGAUUGGUUCAGACCUACGUCCAUUAUUAUUAUCCCAGUGCAAGUGUGCUUCAUUCUGAUACAGAACUGCAAGCCUGGUAUAUGGAGUCAAUCAACUCGGGCCAUGCUGAUCUUCGCCAUGCUAGCUGGUGGCCAAAACUCUCUACUCCAGAUGAUCUAGCCUCUAUUCUCACCACCAUCAUUUGGCUCACGUCAGCAUACCACGCUGCGUUGAACAACGGGCAGUAUCCAUUUGGCGGAUAUUUUCCAACCCGCCCACCACACAUGCGGAAACUACUGCCACAAGAGCAUGAACUAGAGUAUGCUACAUUCAUCAAGGAUCCAGAAAAAUAUUUCCUAUCAUCAUUGCCAAGUUUACUUGAUGCAACAAAGUAUAUGGCUGUGGUAGAUAUCAUCUCAGAGCACUCCCCAGAUGAGGAGUAUAUUGGGGAAAGAAAAGACUUGUCUGCAUGGUCAGCUGAACCAGUUAUUAUGGAGGCAUUCUACAGAUUUUCUAUGGAUAUGAGGAGGAUUGAAAAGGAGAUCAAACGAAGAAAUGCUGAUUCAAGUCUCCGAAACAGAUGUGGGGCAGGGGUUUUACCUUACGAGCUGCCCAUGCCAAGCUCAGAACCUGGAGUUACAGCAAGAGGAAUUCCUAAUAGUAUAUCAAUCUGA